GCCGAGCGACGCGGUGCAUCUCAGUGAUUAACAAAACUCUGUGAUUCAGGACGAUCGAAGCUAAAAUACCAUUCACACGCUGAGGAAGAGAGCUCGAUUCUCGCGCGGGAUCUUGCGUUCGAACACCUCGCGCGUAUUCACCGUGUUAUGACGAAAUUUCGGCGGAAUCCCGCCAGCGAUUUAACGGUGUUGUGUUCGCCAGGUGUUGCCAGGUGUUACCAGGUGAAUGUGCGAGCGUUCGCGUCGGGUUAUCUUCCCGGGGGGCGAAGAAGAAAUCGCGGUAUCUCGCGCGAAUCUUUUCCGCGAGACUGUACGAAGUUUACGUAAUGCGUUUUAUUGAUACAGCGUGAAGUAAGCUACGCGCGUGUUUGAAUGCAUCGUUAGAAGACGCGAGUGCCGGGACGCGAGUUGAACACGAUCGGUGAAUAUCUCGUCGAUCUUGUCGUGAUCGCGUCGAUUAGGCGACGAUCGAAGGCUGCCCGAGACGAGGAUGGUGAACGGCGAUCGAAGGUGAAUGAGAAGGACGGGGAAGACUGUUCGAUCUCGGUCGAUAGAUCCCUCUCCCGUUCCUGCGGAUUCCCACGAACGUGGAGGAGAGAGGGAAGGAGGGGAAAACACGAGAGCGACGACGAGCGCAUCGCGUCGCAUCGCUCCGCGAGGAAUGCGCUCGUCGCGGUGCAAGCGAAUCCGCGAGGAUUGUUUCUUUACAAAAAUAAUAGCGAACAAGUUAACGCGACGGUGAGAGUCGGUGGAAGGGGUCAGGGGUCAGAAACAAAAUUAUACUUGGUGCGGCGCGAAUUUUAUAUCGUUUUACGGCGUGUUUGUGUGUCAAUCGCACCUUCUUUCCUUACGUCCUUUCCGGAAAGUGUAAGAAAGAACAGCAACGGAAACGCGCGUUUCGACGAGAGAUCGACAGGUUCGUCGAAAGGGCGGGAGGACGGAAGGGGGGGAUAGUGAAUAGUGAAGCACGAGUAUCGCGCGGAAUGCGAGACGCGAGUGUACGUGAAACGAAGACGCGCCGCGAUUCGCCGCGAUUGGCGUAGCUCCUUCCGGAGCUUCUUACGCGACGACGGCGGCGGCUACGAGCGAGGGAGCAGGCGACGGUGGAAAAAAAAAAGAGGAGCGUGAGGGGGGGAGGGGGGUGGAGGGGAGGUGAGGUCAACGGCGAGGCGAGAGGAUGGAGCGGCGACCGGCGACGACCUCCGCGAGGACGCGCAGCCUCCUUACCGGUCUUUGCCUCGUCUGGAUCAUCGGCAGCAUCUGCGCCACCGUACCACUUGAGGAGCCGCGUUUCACCAAUCAGCCGUCCAGCAGUGGCAAUAUACUUAGCGAGAAUCGCACAAAGUUUCUGCAAUGCCAAGCACGAGGCAAUCCUCAACCAAAGUACAAAUGGUUCAAAGACGGGGUGCCCCUCAGCAAUGAGCUCACUUCCGGGCCUUACUUCCGCAUACAGAGUACGCGACGAGAGGAUGCCGGGGUGUAUCACUGCGUCGCGACGAACGACGUGGGGUCCAUAUUCAGCGAUCGUCUCGCCUUCGCUGUAGCUUAUAUGGGAGUGUUCAAUAAUCUCAUGGACAAAGUGGUGACCGUCGAGUCGGGUAGCGCUGCGAUUCUGGAACUACCCCCGAUCGAGAGCCAUCCUACCCCGGAGGUAACGUGGUUCUCCUCGGACGGGACGCUUUUGUACGGUAUAAAGUACGCAACGACCCAUCACACGCUACUAAUACUAAACGCUUCGGAAAGCGACGAAGGUUCCUAUAGAGCGAAGGCUAUCAAUACCCAAUUGGGCAAGGAGGAGAAUAGCCCGUUUUUCAAGUUGCAAGUCACCGGCGAUCCAUAUGCGGAAGUGGCCCCUACCAUAAUCGUCAAGCCGCAGGACACGCAGAUAAUCAAAGAUCAAGACGUCACGUACAUAAACUGCAUCGCGAAUGCCAGGUCACUUCACGAGUUACGGACCUUGUGGAUGAAGGACGGCAUUCCGAUCGAAAACUCUAGGAUAUCGUAUAGCUUUAACGAUUCGUGGAAUAGAACACUCGCAUUGAUCUCAGCCAAUAUAACUUACACGGGGAUCUAUUCUUGCCAUGUGGAUUUGAGGAGCGGUGGUUAUCCGACUGUAAAUGCGAGUGCCAAGGUUGUUGUAUACGAAAAACCAACAUUUAUAACGGAAUUAAAGAGGGAGACCCUGAGCGAUUACGGAUCCACAGUAACGUUACCGUGCGACGCUAACGGCGUACCACCUCCUGUAAUCAGUUGGUUCCGUAAUGCCGAGCCCGUUGAUCAUUUACUGGGAACCAGAUAUAUAAUGGAGGAAGAUGGUUCAUUGACAAUCAAAAAAUUGACUAUGGACGACUCGGGAAUGUUUCAAUGCCUUGCAUCUAAUGAUGCCGGCGAAUCAUCCAGUUAUACAUGGCUGAAGGCGAAAAAAGAAGAAUUAGGAAGCGGAUUGAGAAACAGAGUUGCCCGCUGGGCGGCUGGCUACAAUGUAGUCAGAAUUCGCCAAUCUGACCGCCGUUUUAUGUUCUCUCAUUAUCCAGACACAUCUGGACCGAUUAUGGAAAAAGGUCCACAGAAUUUAACAGUGUUGGAUGGCAAAGAUGCGACUUUGACUUGCUACGCGGUAGCGGCACCUAAACCAAACACUACCUGGUACUAUAAUGAUACGAUACCUGUGGAGAUCGCCGGGAGAGUACAAGUCUUGGACAAUGGUGAUCUUUUAAUCGCAGCGGUAAAGCCGUACGAUGCGGGAAAAUAUACUUGUAUCCGGGCGAAUGAAGCCGGCUCUGUUAAUGGAUCGGCAUACUUGACCGUUAUGGUUCGGACGCAAAUUAUCCAACCACCUGUUGAUACAUCCGUGCUUCUCGGACACAUCGCCGAAUUACGAGGAAUACUAUAUAUUUUUACAAUAUUUUGUGAUUACAGAGUAAUAAACACGCAAGCGAGUCAGAGAGUGAAAAUGCGACCGGACGGGACUCUUGAGAUUGUCGCCGUUCGAGCUUCCGACGUGGGGGACUACACGUGUUCCGUAGUGUCGCCGGGUGGAAACGAGACACGAUCCGCUCGUCUGAGUGUGAUCGAAUUGCCAUUUGCGCCGAUCAACGUCGUAGCCACUCGAGUAGAGCGGAUCUCACCGCGCACGAUCAACGUUACAUGGGUACCCGGUUUCGACGGUAACAGUCCCACGAAAAAAUUCAUAGUUCAGAAGCUAGAAGUAUCCGAUUUAGGACCUAUAACUAGCCCGUUAUUAAACUGGGUUACCGAACGCGAUAACGUGUCGGCGACAAGCCGAUGGGUAUUGUUGAAUAAUUUGAAAGCCGCGGCAGCUUAUCAAUUUCGCAUCAGUGCUGAAAAUAGCGUAGGCGAAGGUCCAUCGUCAGCACCUAGCAACAUCGUCGUCCUACCCCAAGAACCGCCCAGCGGUCCACCGAUCGGCUUCGUAAUAACUCAAUGGCAGCCUCCGCUGGACGAAUACCGAAAUGGUCAUAUUUUGGGAUAUAUACUAAGGUACAGGUUGCACGGAUACAAUGACAGUCCGUGGACGAUACAGAAUAUCACCAAUGAAGCGCAAAGAAAUUAUCUCAUUACCGAUCUGAUCACGUGGAAGGAUUACGAGGUGCAGAUAGCAGCUUACAACGACAUGGGUGUGGGCGUAUACACCAAGGGCUUGCAGAUUAAAACCAAAGAAGGAGUUCCGGAAGCACCUCCUACGAACGUAAAAGCGGAAGCGGUUAAUUCAACGGCGGUGAAAGUUUGGUGGAAACCACCGAAUCCGCAAAAGAUCAACGGAAUAAAUCAGGGAUAUAAAUUACAAGCUUGGUUCGGCGGCAAUUUUACGGAAGCGACUGAAUAUAAGUCGAUGACCGUACCACCCAGCUUAUUUGAUCCGCUCGCCGAACAAAGUGCUAUUAUGACGGGUUUAAGGAAGUAUACCCUGUAUAAUAUUACGGUGCUUUGCUUCACCGAUCCAGGUGACGGCGAAAGAAGUUUGUCUGUCGAAAUACGCACUUGCGAAGAUGUACCCGAAGAAGUGGAAAAUUUACAAUUUGAAGACAUCAGCGAUCGCGCGCUGACAGUUAAGUGGAGUUCCCCUAAAGAGACUAAUGGCAUAUUGACACAUUACCAAUUGAAAUAUAUGAUUAAAGAGAUUCCGGAUUCUUUGCGCGUCGAAAACUUUACGGCCGAUGUGUUGUCGACAAGAGUAAAACAUUUACAGGCAUUGACCCAUUACAAAUUUGAAGUCACUGCGUGGACGUCGAUUGGACCAGGAAAAUCGAAAGUAGCAACCAUACAAUCAGGCGUAGAACCGGUGCUACCAGAACCGCCCACAAAACUAGCAUUGUCCAAUAUAGAUGCAUUCUCUGUUGUGUUACAAUUCACACCGGGAUUUGAUGGCAAUUCGUCUAUUACAAAAUGGACAGUGCAGGCACAAACGGCGCGAAACUCAACGUGGUACAAUAUCUACGAGGUAUCCGAUCCUGACGCUAGUACGAUCACCGUCGAUGGUUUGACCCCCUUCAUGCAAUACAAGCUUCGUUUAAUCGCGAACAAUGUCGUCGGUGCGUCGCAGCCUUCCGAAUCGACCAAGGAAUUCCAAACGAUUCAAGCAUCACCCUCUCAUCCUCCAAAGAACGUCACGGUCCGCGCGAUGAACGCCACCGAAUUACGCGUCAGAUGGAUCCCGUUGCAGCAAAUAGAGUGGAACGGAAAUCCACGCGGGUAUAACAUCACGUACACGGAAGUACGCUCAAACAUCUCGAAGAGCGUCGCUAUCGAAGAUCCCACCGCAAACUCAUACGUUUUGGAAAAUAUGGAGGAAUACGCCGAUUAUGAGAUAAUGAUGCAGGCAUUCAAUGACGUCGGUUCUUCAGCGGCGAGUCCAAAGGCUAUCGAACGAACUCGCGAAUCAGUUCCUUCUCUGGGACCAAUCAACGUAGAGGCGAACGCGACGUCAUCUACAACCAUUCUAGUACGAUGGGGCGAUGUUCCUGUAGAACAUCAAAACGGACAGAUCGACGGCUUUAAAGUUUAUUAUGGCGCAAAUUCCAGAUCGUCCUUCCAAUACAAGAAUAUUCCCAGCAACACUACUUUUACGACUACCCUAACGGAGCUCCGCAAGUUUGUGCAAUACCAUGUGCAAGUUUUAGCUUACACGAGACUCGGCGACGGAGCGCUGAGCAUCCCACCCGUGAGAGUUCAGACUUUCGAUGACACUCCCGGUCCACCAUCUAACGUGUCCUUUCCUGACGUGAGCUUUACCACAGCGCGCAUUAUCUGGGACACGCCAGAGGAUCCCAACGGAGAGAUUCUCGCGUAUAAAGUCAUGUUUCAUUUAAACAAUAGCCAAGAUCAUCAAUUUUCCAAAGAAUUCCCGGCGUCGGACAGAACGUUUAGAGCCACCAGUCUCGAACCCGAGAAAUAUUACAUGUUCUCUGUGACGGCGCAGACGAGAUUGGGUUGGGGUAAGACAGCUUACGCGCUUGUAUUCACUACAAACAACAGAGAACGUCCACAGGCACCAUCGAUGCCACAAGUGAGCAAGUCGCAGAUCCAGAGUCGCCAGAUAACGUUUAGCUGGACACCAGGCAGAGACGGUUUUGCACCAUUAAGAUAUUAUACAGUGCAACAGUCGGAGAAUUCCGGACCGUUCCAAACUAUACCCGAAAGAGUGGAGCCGACUCUGACAUCUUACACUGCUAACAAUUUAAAACCUUACACGCGCUAUCAAUUUCGUAUUCAGGCUACCAAUGAUAUAGGCCCUUCGGAAUGGAGUACCGAGUCUGCUCAAGUGCAAACUCUGCCUGCAGCACCAUCCAAAGGUGUCACUGGUCUGAAAGUUGUACCGAUAACAACGUCCAGCGUCGAAGUUCACUGGAAUAUGAUCGACGAGGUGUAUUGGAGUGGGGAUUACGAAACGGGUGGUUAUCGUGUCGUUUACCAGCCGGUAUCAGAUUUUCCGACACCGCUUCAGGCGACGCCAAAAGAAGAAAUCCUGGGAAUUAAUGAAACUAAAAUGGUUUUAAGCGAUUUAACGGAGGAUCGAUAUUACGAGAUUAUAGUGCUGCCGUUUAACUCAGAAGGUGAGGGCCCACCGAGUCCACCGGUCACUGUAUAUGUAGGAGAAGCAGUUCCUACAGGAGAGCCUCAAAAUUUGAUAGCCGAACCCAUCUCCUCCACCGAGGUCCAUUUACGUUGGAGGCCUCCUCAAGCCAAUAUGCAAAAUGGCGAUUUAUUAGGAUACAAAAUUUUUUAUUUAGUAACCGACUCUCCUCAAAAUUUAGAAAAGAAACAGGAAGAAGAGAUAGAGGUUGUCCUGGCGUCCUGUUUGGCGCACAGCUUAGUUUUCCUCGACAAGUAUACAGAAUAUCGCAUACAAGUCUUGGCGUUUAAUCCGGCCGGAGAUGGCCCACGAUCUUCGCCAAUUACCGUAAGGACGAAACAGGACAUACCAGGACCGCCGUACAAUUUGCAAUUCACUGAAAUUACCAUGACCAGUUUGCGCGUCUCUUGGGAGCCGCCGAAAUUACGCAAUGGCGAGAUAAUCGGUUACAUCGUCACGUAUGAAACGGCGGAGCAAAACGAUCGUUUCAGCAAACAAGUAAAGCAAAAAGUGACAGAGACGAGCCUUCUCAUUCAACCGUUAGAAGAGGAGGUGACGUAUACUUUUAUGGUUCGCGCGCAGACGAUCGACUUUGGACCACCGAUAUCCGGUAAUGUUACGACCGGUCCACAAGAGGGUUCGCCGAUGGCACCUAGUAAGCUCGGCGUGACCAGGACCGUCUCCAGCGUGGAACUACAGUGGACCAACGGUGCUUCCGGCAAAGGUCCUAUACUCGGUUAUUACAUUGAGACUCGUCGUAAAGAUGAUUCGCGCUGGCAGACAAUAAUUCGUAGUAGCAAUGGACCACUGACGGAAUAUACUGUAUCCUAUCAAAACUUGCUGCCAUCUACAUCUUACUUGUUCAGAGUGAUAUCAUAUAAUCGUUAUGGAAUCAGUUAUCCAGCGUAUUCCACCGAAACGAUUUUGACGCCGUCGAAAUUGUACCUGGAAUAUGCAUACCUGCAACAUAGACCGUUUUACAGAGAGACUUGGUUCAUGGUCACUUUAGCAGCUACAUCAAUUAUAAUUAUCAUUAUGGUCAUAGCAGUGUUGUGUGUAAAGAGUAAAAGUUACAAGUACAAACAAGAGGCGCAAAAGACUCUCGAGGAGUCAAUGGCAAUGGAUGCGGAGGAUAGGCAAGAAUCAGAUCUGGUAUUGUACAGAUCGCGUCAAGGUGGAGGCACCAUCAACGCCGCGAGCGGCACUCUAGGUAAAAGGAACACAUUGGCCCGAAAGGCUAUGCACCCUCCGCCGCCGGCGAUGUUGGGUAAAUCGCCUCCUAGACCCUCCCCUGCAUCGGUCGCCUAUCACAGCGACGAGGAAAGUCUGAAGGGAUACGACGAGAAUCCCGAUGACAGUAGCGUUACGGAGAAGCCUUCCGAAAUCAGUUCCACCGAUUCUCAGGGUUCUGAGAGCGAGAACGAGAGUGUGCAAUCUGACCCGCAUUCCUUCGUGAAUCACUACGCGAACGUGAAUGACUCGUUGAGGCAAUCAUGGAAGCGGCAAAAACCCGUCCGGAAUUAUUCGUCGUACACGGACUCUGAGCCAGAAGGCAGCGCGGUCGUCAGUCUGAAUGGCGGUCAGAUCAUCAUGAACAAUAUGGCGAGAUCGAGGGCACCGCUGCCGGGUUUUUCGUCAUUCGUGUAAUUAAACUAAAACUCUAUUGAGAUAGGAAGACUUCUCUUAUUAAUACGGUAUCAAAAUUAUCGUCUCACAUUUCACAAGCGAAGUCUUUUUUUA